AUGUCAACGGACGUGAACGUGAAGGUGGCAGUGAGAUGUCGUCCCAUGAGUUCGCGCGAGACGCAGAUGGGAGCACGCGGGGUCGUCCAAGUGCUGGACGGUACUACUGUGGUAAUGUACCCGACUGCAGAUGCUCAAGCGUCCGCUUCAACUUCACCUGCUUCGGAGACUUCGGAGGCUUCCGAAAAGAAGCAGUAUACAUUCGAUUUCGCGUACUAUACAGAGAGUACACAAGCCCAAGUAUACGGAGACAUUGCCAAGCCAUUAGUCGACCAAGCUCUUCAAGGUUACAAUGGCACAAUUUUCGCGUACGGCCAGACUGGAUCUGGCAAAACUCACACAAUGAUGGGGAGUGGAGACGACCACGGCAUCGUGCCGCUUAUGAACGGAGAUCUCUUUGCGCGAAUUAAUGCUAGUGACGCAGAAAACACCAAUAGUGACGACGAAGGAGCGGUAAAAUACCUCGUGACAGUGUCAUUCCUGGAAAUUUAUAACGAAGUUAUUAAAGAUUUACUUAACCCAUCGGAUAAAGUGCUCAAGAUCAGAGAACAUCCCGACAUGGGCAUCUAUGUGGAACAAUUAGCAGAGCUAGUGGUACGUGAUCCAGCAGAUGUUACACGGCUACUGGAACAAGGUAACAAAGUGCGGCAAGUGGCUGCUACUCAGAUGAACGAACGCAGUUCUCGUUCUCAUAGUUGUUUCACUAUCAAGAUCUCGUCCAAGCGCUCGCAAGUGAUGGCAGGUGUACGUAAGGAGACGUGUAUGAACGCCAAGAUCAAUUUAGUGGACUUGGCAGGCUCGGAACGUGCCUCCAAGACCGGAGCAACGGGUGACAGACUCAAGGAAGGAGCUGCGAUUAACAAGAGUUUAAGUGCACUGGGCAAUGUGAUUAACAUGUUAGCAUCUAGUGACAAAACACGCAAGGGCAAGGCACAUAUUCCGUACCGAGAUUCGAAACUUACGCGAUUGUUACAAGAGUCGUUGGGUGGUAACUCGCUCACUGUGAUGAUCGCAGCUAUCUCGCCAGCAGAUUAUAACUUUGAAGAGAGUUUGGGCACUUUAGUGUAUGCCAACCGAGCCAAGUCUAUUAAGAACGCGACCAAGAAGAACGAAGAUAUCAACGAAAAGAUCAUCCGAGAGUUACGAGAAGAAAUCGAAAAGUUACGCCAAAUGGUGGCGCGUCCUACGUCGGCUUCAAGUGGCAACCCGGAGAUGAUGGGGCAGAUGGAGGAGACUAUCGCUAACCUUGAACGCGCGAAGCAACAGUCGUGGGAAGAGAAGCAACGACUCACGGAACUAUACGAACAGGAGAGACAGAACUCUCUUGCUAAUGAGAAGAAGAUCUUGGGCUUCAUGCAGACUGUUAAACAAGAGAAGAUGGACAUUAUGAAGAAGAUUAAAGUCUUACGACAGCAAAAAGUGCAGCUCUCCAAGGAGAUGCGUGUGCGGAAGCAAAGUUACGUGGAGAACAAGAGUAAGUUGCAGCAAGGUGUACAAGCGUUCACGCAGAUGAAAACCGAGACUCCGCGAGAGAAACAGCACUUAAUGGAGCAGAUCGAGUCUCGCAAGUCUCUGUUAAUCACCGACCGUGACGAGCUAUCGCGUCUGAAAGAGGAGCUCAAGUUCUGUGAAGAGAAACUGGUUGAGGAAGAGGCCGAGGUGGCUGCGAAGAGCGCGUUGUUGGAAGAAGACGACAAGUUACGUAGAGCCAUUCAAGACGAUGAACGCGAGAAGAUGAAGCGGGAGCGAGCGGCGUAUUUACAGUCUGCGCUGGACGAAGAGCGUCAGCGCUUCCAACUUGAAGCUGACAACGACAAACAGCGACUAAAAGUGGCGCUAGAAGCCACUGCCGACAAGGAGAAGAAGCUGGCGGAAGAAGUCGAGAAACAACGCAAUAGAGCGCUGCAACUUCAGCAACAAAUGCAUCAAAUGCAACUGGAACAUAACGAGUGGAAAGACACGACUAAAGUGAAAAUGUUACAGAUGAUGGAAGCACUCAAACGGGAUUUCUUACAGGAACAACGAGAAAUGCACGAGAGACAGGACUAUACAUUGUAUCUCUUACGGAAUGCACGAGAUGAUAUUGUCCAACUUGGCGAACGUAACCAAGAUCUCGAGAAACGUCUUCAUGAAUUGAUUAUUUGGGAUUAA